GUUCGGAGGGACAACAGCCGCACCGGAAUCGUAUAACCGAGAAAUUAGGGGUUUUUUUUCGAACGAUAUCGACGAGUAGAACAAGAUCUAGAUUUCUGUCUGUAAACAGUACAAUCUGCUAUACAUCCAUUGAUUUCUAGGGAAGCAGUUGUCUGAGUUUGAUCAGAGUUUUUGAAAUUGCAAUGGCUGUUUGAGUGAAUGUUUCCAUUGAAGAACAAGGCUGUUAAACUCAAAUUUGGAGCUUAUUUAACUUCCACAACCUGAUUGAAGCCCACAUUUACUGAAGUACAUCUUGUAGAGAAAUAAACCAUCUUCGUAUUUAACAUCUCGAAAGCAAUUCAUGGCUGGCAAUGGCCCGCCAACCUUAGGCCGUGUGAAGCUCACAGACUUGAUAGCUUCUGAAGGACUUCCUUCCGACACAUAUAAACUGUCGGUUUCAACUCUCUCACAAUCACUUGCUCAAUACUCUGCUGCCAUCAUCCAAUUGCCACCUAGUGACGGCGCUCUCUUAAGGUGUUGCCUGGAAUCCGCUCGACCAUACUUUACUCAAAAACCUGCAUACCCACCUGCAAAUAUGAUUCACAUUAACGACUCCCGUGAAUGGUGCAAAACCUCUGGAUACUCUGCAGAUCCCCAGUUGUGGCAAGAAAGUUACGAUUACAGACCUGGGCUAACUUCCAUAGAAAACCACAAUGAAAUUGAACUCCCACCUGCUGGGUUGGCUGACAUAUUCGUGCUACUGGGAAAAGCAGCCCGUGAUAUCCUCGAUGCAAUCAGUUUUUAUUUAAAUCUACGUAGCUGUGCCUUCACUGAAAUACUUGAUAAUAUUCCUCUGAGAAAUAGGGAAAUUUCAUCUUCGGUGUUGUCGGUUGGGUGUCACGCGAGGCCUUCUUUUCAGGGAGGUCAACACCAAAACUUGACUACCCAAGAGGAUGGGCAGCUAGUUAUGUUCUCGGACCGUGAGCAUCAAGUUGACAAAAGUCUUAUAUCGCUUAUUAAGUCAGAUAAAGCGGGUCUUCAUAUCCGAGAUUUUAACGGUCGUUGGGUGCUUGUGGACGGUGAUCUUGGUCCCGAAGAAGCUAUUGUGUACCCUGGACUUGCUUUGUACCAUGCUACGGCUGGCUAUGUCAGUCCUGCACUUCAUAGGACCGAUAUCGGCAAUUUACAUGGUAACAUGUGUGGGCGGUGUUCAAUUUCGUUCAAACUCAUGCCUAAAUCGAUGACGAGUCUUAAUUGUUCGGAAAUGAGAGCGGCUGGUCAUGGUGUUGAAGCUCAGUUCCAGGUUCCAGUAUCGGUUGAUGACUUUAUGCAGAGAUCACACUCGUUGGAUCAACUUUUUAACAGAAACAGUUUCCCGAGUUUCAGUUUUCCUACAGCCCAAGAUGGAUCUAUGAAACCGUUAAUGAAGAGAAAGAAGAACAAUUCUCGGUGUAAACCGUUGCCGCCCUCUAAGAGAUUGCGGCUUGAAGCGCAGAGAGUCCUUAAAGAGCGGGUUCAAGACAUGGCUGAUAAGAAAGGCAUUAAGCUCCGAUUCUGCACCCUAAAGGAGUGUGAGAGUCACAUCCACACGCUCGAUAGCCCGUGUGCCAAUAUACGAUUGGAGAUUGGAUGGCCCCCGGGAGUUCCAUUUGUUCAUCCCCAUGACUUACCCAAUAAGGCAAAGAUUGGAUUUCUUGAAACAUAUGAACCUGGUUGGACAGCCAAUCAUGAUAUGGAGCUUAGUUUGAUUGAAGCUGGACAGUCAAGUCAACAUGCUGAAAAUUGAAUGUCUCCUACUUUCAAGAUUGAGCUGUGCGUGCUGCCAAAUGCUCUCUCCUCCUGCUGUCUGAACAGUAUGUAGCUCAUAUCUUUUAAGUUAAAUGUCCAUAGAAACUGCUAUGCUUUCGGGUUUUUUUGACCCCUUAAUUUAGUACGCUAAAGUUAUCUCGAGUGCUUUCGUUCGGUACCUCCAGUAGCCUGAUCUAGGGUUUAAAUCCCUUGUGAAUGUAGUAAUUAUCCUGCUGAUGAUCGUUGUUGAUUGUCAUCCAUUAGUCACGACUUUUGGGAUCGUUUGUAGGACUUGUCUUCAGUUUCUUUGGUGCCCGCGAGUUUCAUCAUGUUUCAUUGUUAAUCGAGUUUUUUGUAUUAGUUCAAACAGUCAUUUUAUCAGA